AUGCCUUCGGACGACUACGCUGCCAUUGGCGGCGGCGCCUUGCGUCUCAAGGGCGCCAAAGUGCAGAAAAAGAAGAAGAAGAAGAGGGACAAGACUGACCUGGAGAAGAACCUCGCUGCGGGAGACGACGACACCGUUGUGAGGAGGAACGCCGACGACGAUGACAACGACGACGGGCCAAAGGACGUGGUCGCGCAGCAAGGCGAGGUCGAGGAUGACGAGACUCCCGUGGUGCCAAAGACGGAAUCGGAACGGCGGUAUGCAGAGGUCAAGAAGAAACGGCUCCUUCAAAUGACGCAGGCCUCCGGCACGAGAUCCGAACUACUCAAGACUCACAAAGAGCGCGUCGAGGAGCUCAAUACGUACCUUUCCAAGCUGAGCGAGCAUCACGACAUGCCCAAGAUCGGCCCGGGCUAG